UACAAUAAAAAAUACGAGUCUCCUUAUUUUCGACAUACUUCAGUUCUGGGGGUUGACUAGAAGAAAAUUUCGCCCACCCUAGUGUACUACAUACUCAACUUUUGGCAUUAUUUUAAAAGGGGACUCAGCAAUUAAUUUACUUAAAAUUGAUCCACUCGAUGCUGGCACAUUUACACUCAAGCAAGGAGCGGACAAUCCUGUGAAUAUUGACUUAACAUUUAUCAAAAACAAAAUCACCGGCGUUGCCCAUGCUCAGGCAUACAAAGUUAGAGGCUUUGGCAAAGAUUUAGCCAAGAAACAUGAGCUGCGUUUCAAAGUGCCCGUAGCUAGCUUGAUCGGUGACUACAAGAUUCAAGGACGCGUUUUAAUUUUACCAAUAAGUGGUUCGGGCAAAAAUAAUAUUACCAUGUUGAAUGCGGAUUUCGUACUCCAGUGGGUGGGUGUGCCCGUGGAAAAGGAUGGAGCAACCUAUAUGAAAACGGACAAAUUUAGGGCAAUCGUUAAGCCCAAUAAAGUGAUUUUCGAUUUCCAAAAUCUUUUCAACGGCGACAAAGCGCUGGGUGAUAAUAUGAAUUUGUUUUUAAAUGAAAAUUGGAAAGAAAUCUAUCAGGAAGUUGAAGCAACAUUUUCGAAAGAAAUAUCUCGAUUGAUGGGAAAUGUUGUCGAUGCAGUUUUCUCUAAAACGCCAUAUAAUAAAUUAUUUACGGAAUAAAUAAAAACAAAGUAAAUAUUUCAAGGA